CCGGAAGCCGCGCCUCCUCCGGGAGGGCGCCCUCGCCAGCCUCAGGCAUGGCCCAGGACGUGGACGACUACGACCCGGUGGGGUCCAUCUUGUUGCAGGUCCAUGAAGACCUUUAUCAAUUAAGGGAGAAAUUAACAAAAUUCCCACCUGAGGAAGAAGGAGCGACUCUAGACAUUCAUAAUCUUGAAACGGCAAUCAAAAGGACUGAAAUGGGGUUAAGAAUUCACAUUGAGAAGUAUUUAAAUGUUGUAAACCAUCGUGUGUUAACAACUCCCGUUGAGGUCGAGGAUUUACAUUCUCCCCAGCCUUCUAGAUGGUUGCUUCCAACUGCAGUUGACCAGAAAUCAUUUAUGUUCCCUCUGGAAUCUGAGGGUAAACUUUGGCAGCCCCAAAGGCAGAGUGGUUCCUUUCCACAUGUCUUUCCAAGAAUAAAGCGAAAGAUAGGGCUGCAUGUAAAAAUCAUGCAGGACCCUGAGAACACCCACCACAGGGCUGCCGUGAAUGCCAGCUAUGGGAUCAGGUUGCCAUGUAUUAAUCAGAGAAAAGCAUGUGUGAAGGCUCAGAAGCUGAUCAAAGGACCCACCAUCUCCAGCCUCACGGCUCUGCCGCCUUCGCAUCGCACAGACCCUUAUCUCACUCCCUUGCCAAUCAAACAGGCGGAUGCCAGCAAAGGGAUUUUAAGUAUGAUAGAACGAGGAUUGAUCCCACCAACUGCAAAGAUUUCCUUUCAGAAACCACCCAUUACACCCAGAGCAGCUCCUCUGCAUCAUUUGAAUGAAGCACAUAAGGUCCCAACUGGAGCCCCCUUCGCCAGAUCUCAGAAAGUACCGCUGAUUCCUGCAGAAGCGAAGGUCUCUCCCAAGAAACCAAGACCAAAGGGGAAAGGCAGAAGGUUAAGAGGACAUCAUGAUGGGAAGUCUGUGAAAGUCACAACACCCAGAGCUCCGAAGUCAUCGUGGGAUUAUGACUUCUCUAUUUUCAACGGCAACAUAGACAUGACCACCCCGGACUUCCUAGCAUUCAAAGAACAUUUUAGCCUAGCUUGGGGAAGUAUUUUUUCUCUCUUAGAACACAUUGAAAAGUUUCUCAGAGACUAUGCAAUACCAGAAGUCAAAAUUAAAGGGAAGAGCUUGGUGGCCCUCUUGCCAGAGUUUGAGCUGAAGAAUAAAGUGACCAGAUAUGAGCUCCUGUCAGUGGUAGAGGACCCGAGUUACGUCCAGAGGCUGAUAAACCUUCCAGGGCAGAGGUACAAGGGCCAAGAUGGAGAGUUGGAGGCGGCCAUCAAGAUCCAAGCCACGUGGAAAUGCUAUAAGGCCAGACAGUUCUUCCUCAUUUAUCGCCAGAAGAAGUGGGCAUCAGGCGUGAUCUCCAUAGCUUGGCUUUUACGUUGCCACAAGGCCCGGCUGAAGAGGAUCCUGAAAGAAUCCCGUCAGAGACACCUGGAGAAUUUCCGCCUUCGAGCCAAGCAUCUGGCAGCCAACUGGAAUCGCAUCAGGACCUCCAGGAGGACUAUUAUCCAUAUCCCAUCAUUAGGCUAUCCGCAGCCCGUGCGCCAGCGCAUUGUUGAUUUCGACACCCUGCAGAACAUGCAGCUCGGGAGGCUGUGCGACAUCUUAGAUGCCAACGUGGACGUCAUCUACAUCUGCUCCCAUCACAUGAAUGACGAGUUAGUGCUAUACUACAAUAAAAUCCUGAGUCUCCGUGCAGCUGUCCAACCGGGGAACCUCGAGGACAGAAGUGACCUGCAGCACAGGUUCAAAAUUAUCACCCCUGAAGCUGUAAACAUCUUCACUAAGCAUCGCAUGUGCCUAGCCACUCUGCUGAUGUACAGUCCCAAGGCCAUCAAAAGGAUAAAAAAUCUCAUCCAAGGAAGACAGGCCUACAUCGUCAGCGGGCUCCUCCACGCGGAUGACUUGGCUGUGGCCGACAUGUUAAACAUCCCCAUCCUGGGCUCAGAGCCUGAACUAGCUCAUCUUUAUAGUACCAAGUCCGGAAGUAAGCGCGUCUUUGAAAGCGCCAGGGUGCCAACCCCUCCUGGAAUAUGCGGCCUCUACAGUCAGCAACAGAUGAUCGAGCAACUGAGCCAGCUGGUGGUCGACCACCUGCAGAUCCAGCGCUGGCUCUUUAAAAUGGACAACGAGUUCGGAGGCAACGGGACCGCCUUCUGUGACAUCCCUUCCCACCUAAGUUGCUACAAGUGGGUGCUAAAGGAGAGCAACAGAUACGGCCAUGAAGACUGGAGCAAGAAGUGGGCACACGAGCCGGCUUUGGUGAAGAUCUCCGAGGAGCUGGGGGGCAUUUUAGCACAGCACGCACAGCCAGUCAAUGAGAAACGGUUCCCGACGUGGAGGAAAUUCCUCCAGACAUUUCUCAGUCAAGGGGGCACGAUCGAGGCAUUCCCCCCUGCAGACAGCAUCACCAACCUGACGGUGGACAUGCUGAUAGAGCCCAACGGGGAAAUCCGGGUGCUGUCGACAGGGGACCAGUUCCACGCCGACGGCCCCUUCAUCUCCUCUGGUACUACCAUGCCUCAGACCUCGGUGGAUCCCAACGCUCUCAAUUGUCUGUGCCUCCAGAUUGGAAAGGCCUGCAGAAUGAAAGAUGUAGUCGGCUACUUCUCUAUAGAUCUGGUGACUUUUAUUGAUCCAAGCACCUUGAAACAACAGGUAUGGGCCACGGGCCUCAACCUUUCGUACAGUGACCAGCUGGCUCUGACGCAGCUCACCUUGUACCUGACAGAUGGCCACCUGGAUUGCGGCCUGAGCACCUUGGAAGUGCCCCGCCCUGUUCCAAAGGACGAGAAGAAAACCGGUCACCCUUGUGGCCUCUCCACGCCGACGCCGGCAACCAGUCGCUAUGCAGUGAUGACCACCCAGCUGAGACACAACAACCUGUCGCUGGUUUUCCACUACGUGUUCUUCCAGAUUUGUAAGGCCCACGGCAUCGGCUAUGACGUGGAGGACAGACAAGGAACCGUUUUUAUCUUGUACGAGCACCUGAAGAGGAACAAGCUGGGGAUGCUAACAAUCGGGGAGGAUCUCCAGGGGGUCCUCACGACCUUUGCUCGCAAUCUCUUCAUCAUCCAUCAAGAAAUAUCAGCACCUAAUAUGCAAGGCGAGACCAAUUUUAAGGCCACCAUCGAUGACAUUGAGAGCAUCGUAGGAGUAACGCAGGAGAACAAACGGAGGAUGCAGGAAGAGCAACGGCCCAAAGAUGAUGAGCCCUGGGACACAUUACCGUCCUGGACCCCAGUCCAGAGCAAGAAAGGGCAUCGUUCCCUUUGUUGAUAGGAAUAAACGUGGAGGAAGUUCAGUUUGUGUGCUAGAAGAUGAAUCAGA